CCUAGAAGAAUAGCCAUUUUCUCUCAAAGGCUCCUUUUCUUGUCCUUUCCUUGCUGGCUUCCUCCUCCUCUCCCCUACUGUUCCUGAAAUUAUCGGCUCACCAAUUGGAUAUCGAUUGGCCCCAAUUGAUUUCCCAUUUCGUUUCGUUUUCGAAUCCGAAUUUUCAAGUCCGGAGCAGUCGAGAGGAAGCCAGAUUGAUAGAACGGUUCUUCGUUUGCAUUUGUUGUUCGUCAUUUUGUAAGCUCUUGAUUUGUGUUCUGUAUUCGACUAAUUUGAAAUUUCCAGGCACGUAUUUCGAUGCAGUUUUUUGUGGUUUGAGGAUUAGAGAGGAAGAGGAGCGAGGAUUUGAUUUGAAUAUUGAACCAAUAACUUUGUGAUUUUUUGAGUUAUUUCAAUGGGGAAGCCUACGGGAAAGAAGAAGGAAAAUGUUGGCGAGAAGCCUGGAAAUGCUAAUUCGAAGCCGGCUCGGCCGUCCGAGCGGAACACGAAAGCGUUCGAUGAAGACACGGCGAUCUUCAUAAACAUGUCUCAAGAGCUGAAGGAGGAAGGCAAUCGGCUAUUCCAGAAGCGAGAUCAUGAAGGCGCGAUGUUGAAAUAUGAGAAAGCUCUGAAGCUUUUGCCGAGAAAUCACAUCGAUGUUGCUCAUCUCCAUAGCAACAUGGCUACCUGUUAUAUGCAGUUAGGGUUGGGUGAGUAUCCGCGGGCGAUUAACGAGUGCAAUUUGGCGUUGGAGGCUCAUCCGAGGUAUAGCAAGGCGCUGCUGAAGAGAGCAAGGUGUUACGAGGCUUUGAAUCGGUUUGAUUUGGCAUUGCAAGAUGUGAAUACCGUUUUGAGCUUAGAGCCUAACAAUCUCUCUGCGUUGGAGGUUUUGGAUAGUGUCAAGAACACAAUGAAGGAAAAAGGCGUCGAUAUCGACGAUAAAGAAAUCGGUCUGGCCAGCGUGAAGCUGCGCCCCACAGAGCGUCUGCAAAAGGUUGUUAGAGAGAAACUAAGGAAGAAGAAUAAGAAAGUUGAAGCAAAGACAGAUGAUAAGCUGGUUGUGGAGGAGAAGGCUGAUCAGUUGGUUCAUGUUGAACAGGUUGAACAGGUUGAUCAAGUUGAAGAUAAGGAAGUUACAAAAGUUACCAUUGAGGAAGACAAAUUGUUCGUUCAACCGAUCGAGGAUAAACCGGUGUCGAAGACGGUGAAGUUGGUAUUUGGAGAAGACAUAAGAUGGGCGCAGUUACCUACAAACUGCAGCCUGCAAUUGGUGAGCCAGAUUGUUCGAGACAGAUUUCCAAGCUUGAAGGGUGUUCUUGUGAAGUACAGAGAUCAAGAGGGUGAUUUUGUUACAAUUACCACAACAGAGGAGUUGAGGUUGGUUGAAUCAUCAUGUCAGCUGCAGGCUUCACUUAGACUGUAUAUUACAGAGGUUAGUCCUGAUCAGGAACCCAUCUACAAGGAAAUUGAUAAUGGUGAGAGGCAUCCAAAGCUUGAUAAAAGAAGAAGUACAGUGGUGGUGAAUGAAAAAGAGGUUACAAGGGGUAUGACUACGGUUGAGGAUUGGAUAGUUCAGUUUGCGCGAUUGUUCAAGAACCAUGUUGGGGUCGAUGCCGAUUCAUACUUGGAUCUUCAUGAGCUGGGCAUGAAACUGUACUCGGAAGCGAUGGAGGACACCGUAACAGGAGACAGUGCACAGGAGCUUUUUGAAAUUGCUGCAGAAAAGUUUCAAGAAAUGGCAGCUCUGGCAUUCUUAAACUGGGGCAAUGUUCACAUGUCCAGGGCAAGGAAGCAGGUUUGUUUCCCUGAAGACGGUUCGAGGGAAACGUUACUUCUUCGGAUUAAGGACGCAUAUGAAUGGGCACGAAAAGAAUACAAGAAAGCUGAAAUGAGAUACGAAGAAGCUCUUAGUGUAAAACCAGAUUUCUAUGAAGGUUUCCUUGCACUUGGGCAGCAGCAGUUUGAGCAAGCAAAGCUUUGCUGGUAUUAUGCAAUUGCUAGCGGUAGCCAAAUCGGUUUGCUAUCGAGCUUUUCGUCGGAGGUGUUACAGCUUUAUAACAAGGCUGAGGACAGCAUGGAGAAGGGCAUGUUGAUGUGGGAAGAAAUGGAGGAACAACGUCUGAAUGGUCUCUCCAAAAGUGAAAAAUACAGAUCUGAAUUGAAAAAAAUUGGAUUGGAAAGCCUGUUUAGUGAGAUUCCUGCUGAUGAAGCUGCAGAGCUGGCUUCAAACAUGAGAUCUCAGAUAUAUCUUUUAUGGGGUACCUUAUUGUACGAGCGUUCUGUCGUGGAGUAUAAGAUCGAACUUCCGACAUGGGAGGAAUGUUUGGAGGUAUCAGUCGAGAAGUUCGAACUUGCAGGUGCUUCCCAAACAGAUAUUGCUGUUAUGAUCAAGAAUCAUUGUUCCAAUGAAACUGCACUGGAAGGGUUCGUCUUCAAAAUCGACGAGAUCGUUCAGGCGUGGAACGAAAUGUACGACGCCAAAAGGUGGCAGUUUGGUGUUCCAUCUUUCCGCCUCGAGCCUUUGUUUCGACGCCGGGCUCCUAAACUUCACUUCACUUUGGAGCAUUUUUGAGAGUUUUGUUGUUGAUGGAUGGGGGCAUUCUUUUUAGAGGCAUUUAAGCAAAAUUUCAGAUCUUUUUGCAUCAAUUUUUCUGGUGUUCUGCUUCCCUCAUACACAAAAGCAUUUUACACCAGCCGUUACCGUUUCAAUUCAAUUCGUCGUUUGCUUGGUCAGAGUGUAAGUUUGUUUAUACUAUGAUUCUUUCUUUCAUUCAAGAGAAGAUUGGCGAUUCAAGAACAAAGAUAUAGUUAUAUAGAUUUAUUCAUUAUUCAUCAAUGAUUUUAUAGGGUGGAGGAAGAAAAUAAAUUCAUUUUCAAUUCGAUUUAUGAGAUUGAAUAGAGAGAAUUUAUUGUGUUGUGAAUUUUGAAGAGCUGUUUGGUUAUGUUGUUAUAGUGAUUCUCAAAUUGAUUGUUUUGGAAUUUGAAGAUUGAUGGGAUGAAUUAUUAUAGAAUUACACCCAAUUAUUUUUGUUA